AUGCCUUUGCUCAGGUCUCCACGCCGUAAAGACUACGAUCCCAUCGAGGGCCUCACAUUGUUUGAAUGGGUUGGAGAGGUAGGGUUUUGAUUCAUAACGUACUUUGGGAAAGUAGUUGUAUUUUGCAAUAAUUUAGGAUGAUUGAAGUGAUAGUGUACUUCAAUAUGGGUGCAGGUUACAUAUUUUUCGUAUUUGUUUGAUUUUGCGGCCGAAAUUAGUAAAAGUUAUAUUUUUUGGUAUUAUUAAGAAUAUUUUUAAACUUUUGAUAAGGUUUAAAGCGGGUUUUUUGCCGUUCAGCGAAAGAACUUGAACGUGUGAUUAGUAAAAGAGUGGAUAUCGGCGUUUGAGGUAAAUAACCUUUUUGAUUUCAACAAAAGGUACAAGUUUUUAUGUUUAUAUAGUCGUUUGCGUUUGUAACUGUUUAUUUUAUGAGUAAACGUCGGAGAUUGAAUAGUUUUACUUCACGUUAGAGAUUUGCAUAUCAAUAAGGGCUUUUAAAUGAACUGACCAAAGCGUGCUCUCAGUUUUCUUAAAACUUUAAGCGGGAUGGCGUCGAAAAAGGUUGCAGAUGAUCAAAAAACUAAAAAUGAGGUAAAGAAUGUAAUUUUUAAGGAAAAUCUGGGUAAAAGAAGGUAUUGAACUUUGCUUGUUAUUUUUUCUUUACAUUUUAGGUACAAAACCUGGUUAUUGUAGAUUUUUUUAUGUUGUAGUACUUUCAGAUGCCGUUACACAGAAACCACAGCGAUGUAAACUCAGCAGCGCCAUUAUUUGGCAGCUCAGAAAGGUAUGUUUAAAGUAUUUUAUGUUACUUAUGGUUUUAGGAUACUAUUUGACUUCAACACUGCCUUGGAGGAACUAACACCACAACAAAAGGCAUACGGCGAGCGUCUCAGACGACAUUUACAGUUUUUUUUUCUGGAUCCAGUAAAUAAGUUCAAGUUACGACGACAAUUUCCUUUCAAAUUGGCACUGCAGAUACUUAAGGUACUCUUCGUAUCAGUUCAGGUACGUUAAAUGAGGUGGAAUCACGGAAAAGUGUAGUUAAUGUUGUUUGCAGAUCUUCGAAUCAAUCAUGUCGACUUCUUGGAGGAUACUGUAACAGUGAUGAGGCACAAGUUCUUAAAAGAUUGGGAUCACGAGAGAGAUGCAGUCACGUACCCACCUGAAGCAGGGCGAUACUCGGUGUUCACGAGUAACGACAUCAUCGAACAUAUCAGUCAUAUCGUGUCAUCAGUAAGUGAACUCUACUGGUGUAUCCACAGUAGUUUUAGGAGGUCAAGGUUUCGAUUUUAAAAAGUUUUUAAUGUCUUUUGGAUAUUUAAGCUAUAUUUUACAUGAUUUCAGUACUACUCACUGCAAAACGAGUCAUUUGCCAGUUUUUCGUACGAUUCAAUACGACCGUUUCCUCAGCACGAAGAGGAACGACCGUUUUCAAUAAAGGACACUGAAUUCGAUCAGAUUCCGGCCAUGAGAUUCUGUGUCAAGAAGUUGGCAGACGUUCGAAUCGAGAAUCACACUUACAUCUUUGACAUUUCUAUGCAGACGGGUCAGUGUUAAACAAUCGUUUAAACAAAAACAUUAUAUUCGAUUAUCUCUUAUGUAGAUUUGUUUUAUUUUUAUUUAAUUUUUAGAUUGUUCAUACUUGAAUUUCACCAAGAAAGAGAUCAACGACAUACAACAAGAUCCGAUGAGUAUCCGACAGUACUUUAAGCGUAUGAAUGUGACAUUCAGACCAGAAGAUGCUCUGAUUAUUCAGGAAUCUACAUUGUCUUUCAACUUGAGGACCAUUCAUUUCUCUCCUGGAAAUAUGGAUCAGAAACCAGAAUGUUAUCUAAUUGAGAUUGUCAUCAACUUUGACAACUCUAGACAUACUGGACAGGUGUUCAUACAUCUUGAUGCUGUCAUCAAAUACGUAAAUCUUUGCAAUGGCAGGGUUUUACAAGGUAGGUUGUAAUUUUAGGUAGUAUUGAUAUCAGGAAUAGUUUUGGUUGGGUUUUACUUAUUAUUGUUGAUAUGUUGAAGAUACGACAGAUAAUCAAAUGUUUUCAGUCAAUGGAAUAUCACAGGAUUCUAUCAUAGUAGGGGUGUUGGACAUAUUGGUACUUGCAAUGUGUUUAUUCUCGUUGUUAUUAUGCUGUAGAGCACUUUUUCGAGCUCAAAGGUUGAAGUCGGUAAGUUCAAAUAUAUUGUAGCGCUUUAAUCUACUUUAAAAAUUUUUUGAAAUAUUGUUUUUAAUACAUAACUACUUAUUGCAGAUGACAGAAUAUUUUUUCGAGACGGUAUUCAAAGUUAAAAUGCACCUGAAGGACGAGUUAUCCUUCCUCAACAUGUGGUAUGUGAUGAUUGUCGUCAAUGAUGUGUGUAUAGUGAUUGGUACGGUCUGCAAGAUAGCCAUUGAGUUCCGAGACUUUGAUAACAGCAUGUUCACGUUGACAGGAGUACUAUUAGGCAUUGGCUGUUUGUUGGUGUAUAUUGGAUUGUUUAGGUAUCUCGGCUUUUUCAACCAAUAUAAUGUAAGUUUUUCAUUUAAGGUUUUGUUAACUGUCCCUACAUACUGUAGUGAUUAAAAUGAUAAUACAUUUUUUAUAACCCGUUGUUAAACUUCUGAUUUUAGGUAUUAAUUCUGACACUGAAGAGAGCCAUUCCUUCGAUUGGCAGGUUCUUGAUUUGCACAGUCAUAUUGUACGUUGGCUUUUUGAUAGCUGGAUGGGUCAUCAUCGGGCCGUACAGUAUAAAGGUAAGUUUUUUAUUUUUUGCGCGACUAAUUAAUUUAGUAUAUAUUUAUAUAAAUAAUAUAAGUAUAAGCUGUUAUAUUAUUUUUUGAUUUAUUUUACUGUUGUUUUGCUAGCAUUGCUAAGUCGCAAUGUAAUUUUACUUUAUAAUGUAGAUAUUAUAAUACAUCAAGUUUAGUUCCGAACUUUGGCGCAGUCAUCAGAAGCGCUGUUCUCUCUGAUGAACGGUGAUGACAUGUUCGCAACGUUCUACACAAUCAACGAUUCCAAUGCUACGAUAAAACUGAUUGGAACGUUGUACAUCUACAUCUUCGUAUGUCUGUUCAUUUACGUGGUAUUAUCUCUUUUCAUCGCCAUUAUUAUGGACGCUUACGAGGUUGUUAGGGUGAGUUUAUAUACAUAAUUGACAUAGUUGAAGACGUUGUGAAAAUAGUCAUUGGAUUUUGCUGUGAUAGUAAUUAUUGUUAACUUUUGUUAUUGUAUUUAAAUGUAUUUAAAUUUUGAAUUUAGGAAAGCGUGAAUCGCGGCGUGGUGGUGGAACGAUCGUCGCUUCAGGAAUUCUUGGCUAGCGUGGAAAUACCUCAGGACCUCGGGAGUGGCGAGACUCGCGAACUGUUCGCCCAGGAUCGACUAGUCAGACUAGGUUGGUAAUCACAUCCCAAAGAACUCAUCACAUUCACUUAAGAUUUCGAAUUUCUCAGGAAAAUAAAGUUUUUCACAAUUCGCACUUUUCGUUUGCCAGCUUCUGUAACUGCCUUUACUAUGGUUCUGUACGUUAAACAUCGGGUAGAUGGUGGUCGCAUGGUAACUUAACAUUGGGUAUUAAUGUGGUGUUUGUUUGUGUAUAUAUUUGACUAUGUUAUGGUAAAGUGGAGUAGUGUAGCUUGUUGUAGUUUAGUUUGUUUUGCCACAUUUGUGUUGUGUAAAGCAUGUUUAUUUAUAAUAUCAAGUAUAUGCUUGUUUGUGUGUUGUUACUAACUAUUGUAUGUUUAUACCACUUGUUUGUGGCUGCCACGUGGUCGAUAACAGUUUUUGUUUACCGUAAUCCUCUGAUUGUUUGAGUUUCAUAACAAAAGGUAAAAGGCUAUGGGUGGGUGAGUCAGAAGGAAUUUAUUAAAGUUUUAUCUCAUGAUUCAUCCACCUAAUUAUGCCUGUCUCUACUUUUAAAAGUAUUAAACAAUCCUUUUCAUCUCUAAUCUUUAAAAUUUAUUUCACUCUUCCUAAAUACUGUAAUUUCAGAUGACGUGAUUUCUGAUGGCUGGCGUCGCUUUUGUGGCAGACUUAAUGGUUGGCUAGGCCGAUCUACCUCACCGACCUUUAACAACUUUCAAAACCCCGCUCAUGAUGAGCCAGUUUUCAUGCACAAUAUACCUUCAUCAUAA